GAUAAAUGUCACGAAUGUAACCUGAAUAAUCAGAAAAGUUGUAAGUCUCACAACGCUCCACGCAAACAUUAUUCUACAAUUUGUUUUUCCUUAUCACUUUGUUUUCUAUUCUACGAAUUAAUUAUUAUACCACACAAUGUUGGUGUCUUGAUUUUGCCACAGUAACUUCAGUGCUCAGUAUUAGAAAUAGGUGGAGAUGAAUGGCACAGAUAUGGAUUUUAAAGUUUUUACUUUAAAUUGCUGGGGCAUUCCACUGGUUGCUAGUAAUAAAAACGCCAGAAUACAAGCAAUUGCUUCUUCACUUGCCACCUGUCCAUAUGAUGUUGUGUGUCUUCAAGAAGUAUGGACUGAUUCAGAUUAUAUUAUAAUUAGGGAUAAGGUCAGGGGAACACUACCAUAUUCACAUUAUUUUUAUAGUGGUGUGCUAGGAUCAGGUGUUUGUGUCUUUUCAAAGCAUCCAAUUGUGGAUACACAUUUCCACAAAUGGAUGGUGAAUGGCUAUGUGCACAAAUUACACCAUGGUGAUUGGUUUGGUGGCAAGGGGAUUGGAUUGUGCCAAAUCAAAUGGAAAGGCAUGCUACUGAAUAUUUACUCAGCACAUUUGCACGCUGAAUACAAUCGAAAAUGUGAUGAAUAUUAUGCCUGCCGCGUUGUUCAAGCCUUUGAUACUGCUCAAUUUAUUAACUUUACUUCCGCAUCAGCUGAUGUGAUCAUUCUAGCUGGAGAUUUGAAUUGUGAACCUGGUGAUUUAACUUACAGGUAUAUGGUGGAAAUGACAGCAUUGCAAGACGCGUUUAAAGUUCAGAAGGACGGCACGAAAGGGCCAACCAAUUUGGACUUACAAAAUACUUACACUCCGAAAAGUUUUAAAGAAAAAGGAAUGGACGGUCCACGAAUUGACUACGUAUUGUACAAAGGCUGCCACAAUACGCAAGUUAGUCUUGUUGAGUACAAGCAGCCUUUCCCCGAACGUAUUCCUGGCAUGAAUAUUAGUUAUUCUGACCAUGAAGCUAUCACGGCGACACUCAACAUCACAAAGGGUGACACCUACGUGGAAAACAAAGCCAUUGCAACCAAGUUCAACGAGUCUAUGCUACUGGAAGGCGUCGCGGUGAUGGAUGCCGGUUUGGAAAAUGUCGCCAAGCAUAAAGUGUGCUAUUGGAUUAUUAGCAUUCUGCUCCUCGCCGUGAUUAUCGGCAGCUUCUUUUACGUGCCUGAAUUUGAGGCGGUUCUGGAUUGCCUGCGUAUAUUGUUGACGAUUAUCAUGAGCUAUACGUUUGUCAUGGCUACAUUGUGGAACAUGAUUGAGACGAAUACGUUGUACGCGACUAAAUUGGCUAUGCAGAUUAAUCUCAAAACGAUUCAGAACGAAAAUUCAUCAUAGCAGAGAAGCAGCCGGAGGUGUGGUGGACGCUCAAUUUAAGCUAGACCAAUUAUUAUCUAAAAUGAUGCAUUUAUCAGCUCAGAUGUAUAUAUUUUUAAUUAUUCAUAAUGGAAAAACACAGUAUCAAUUUUUAACAUAUUGUAGCUAUAGAUGAAUAAUAUCCAUUUAACAAUCAAGAUCUUCUAUGAUAUCAGAGUAUUAUAAUAAAACUGUUAUCACUUUGCCAGCGAAAACAAAA